UAAGUGAGUUUGGAUUAUAGGAAAAUAAAUGGCUGAUAUUUCUUGCUCUAAUGGAAUUAAUGGAGUGAAUGGGAAAGGGUAUUCUCUAAAUGGUUACAGAAAGAGUUGUUGGUAUGAGGAAGAAAUUGAGGAGAAUUUGAGAUGGUGCUUUGCUCUCAAUGGUAUACUGCAUACAGGGCAUUCACAGUACCAAGACAUUGCAUUGUUGGACACGAAGCCCUUCGGAAAGGCUCUAGUGAUUGAUGGAAAGCUUCAGAGUGCAGAAACAGAUGAAUUCAUCUACCAUGAAUCUCUUGUCCAUCCAGCACUUCUUCAUCAUCCCAAUCCGAAAAACAUUUUCAUCAUGGGAGGGGGUGAAGGUUCCACUGCAAGAGAACUACUCAGAUAUAAGGCUGUGGAGAAGGUUGUCAUGUGUGACAUUGAUGAGGAGGUUGUGGAUUUCUGCAAAUCAUACUUGGUAGUAAACAGAGAAGCUUUCUGUGAUCCAAGACUCGAGCUCAUCAUCAACGAUGCAAGGGCUGAGCUAGAACAUAGAGAAGAGCAAUAUGAUGUUAUUAUUGGUGACCUUGCUGACCCAAUAGAAGGAGGUCCAUGUUAUAAACUCUACACCAAAUCCUUCUACGAGUUUAUUGUCAAACCUAAACUGAAACAGAAUGGUAUUUUUGUCACUCAGGCAGGCCCUGCUGGCAUUUUUAGCCACACAGAAGUGUUCUCUUGCAUUUACAAUACUUUAAGACAGGUUUUCAAAUAUGUUGUGCCUUAUUCAGCUCAUGUUCCUUCCUAUGCUGAUACUUGGGGAUGGAUCAUGGCUUCAGAUACGCCUUUUCUGCUUAGUGCUGAAGAGUUAGAUAUCAAAAUCAAGCAGAGGAUUAAAGGAGAGAAUAGAUAUCUUGAUGGCAAAACAUUUUCAUCAGCUUCUACUUUGAGCAAAGCUGUUCGAAAAUCGCUUGACAAUGAGACUCAUGUAUACACAGAGGGAACAGCAAGGUUCAUCUAUGGCCAUGGAAGUGCCUAUCAACAAAAUCAAGUUUGAAAAUAAUAAUAGACACUAAUAGAGGGCUCCUAAGCAUAGAGAAUAUAGAGUCCAAGUGGAAUAAAAUCUUGGCUCUUUUCCCUUCUCCCUAUUUGUCUUUAUUGUUUUCCCCCCUUUUUUUUUCUUUUUUUCUUUUUUUCCUCUCUCUUUUGCUGGCUUAGUUAACUUGAAAGUUACUAUAAAAUGGUAAUGGAUGGUCUUUUAACUUGUCUA